CUCAGUUGUUUUUGGCUCAUCUCUGCCUAAAACCCCGAAAAACCUCAUUCUUCUUUCUCUUCUUCUUCUUCUUCUUCUUACUCAACACUGUCCAAUGGCGUCGGUUUCACCAGUUCUCCGACAAUGGACUCGUGAAGGACGACGAAUUGACAAGCAACAACUGGGUUGGUUGGUUCGAACCAUGAGGAACCAUUUACCAGAUCAUAUUCAGAUAUCUAUGUGGAUGACAGACAGUAGGUUCCUUACAAAAUCCUUUCAGUACUGUUCCGUGACGAGACCCUUUGGUGCUAACCUACGGUCUGCUCUUGCCAUUUCUAGGGUUAUCAAUACCCACUCCCUCUCCUACUCCACUGAAGCCAUAUCCUCAUCUUCGCCUUUGACUAACUCUCUGUACCAUCGGAUUUCACGGUUGGGUGAUCCCAAGAUUUCCAUGAUCCCAGUGCUCGAACAGUGGGUGGAAGAAGGUAGAGAUGUCAGGCAAUCUGAGCUCCAGAAAAUCAUCAAGCAACUCCGUAAAUACCGUCGCUAUACACAGGCUCUCCAGGUAUCAGAAUGGAUGAGUGAAGCAAACUUUGGGCCUUCAUCCGGAGACAUAGCUAUACGUUUGGAUUUGAUUUCAAAAGUUUAUGGCCUAGAGAGGGCAGAGGAGUACUUUUAUAGCAUCCCAGAGUCUUCCAGAAUUAAUAAGAUUCAUGGCUCUCUGUUAAAUUGUUAUGCUGAGAAUAAAUCCUUAGAAAAAGCAGAGGACCAUUUCCAGAAAAUGAAGGAGAUGGACUUCAUCGAAACUGCAUUGACUUAUAAUGUUAUGCUAAGCCUCUAUUCUCGGAUGGGCAAGCAUGAUAAACUAAAGAGUCUAAUACAAGAGAUGAAACAAAAUGGAAUCGAGUUUGACAAGUUCACAUUAAACAUUCAGUUGAAUGCUUGUGCUGUUACAUCAAACAUAGAAGAAAUGGAGAAGCUUUUACUGAUGAUGGAAACUGAUCAUCAAGCAGCGUUGGACUUCCAUUCUUAUUUCAUUGCUGCAAAUGGGUACCUGAAAGCUGGCUAUCCCGAAAAGGCGUGGAUGAAGCUUAGGAGAUCAGAGCAAGUGAUUGAUAACAAAGAAAAGAAGAUUGCUUAUGAACACCUCCUCACACUAUAUGCUGCUGCAGGGAGAAAGGAUGAAGUUUAUCGCGUUUGGAAUCUUUACAAGAACUUAGGGAGAGUCUAUAACUCUGGAUAUCUUUCCGUGUUAAGCUCGCUAGUGAAGCUUGAUGACAUUGAUGGGAUGGAGAAAAUCUUUGAGGAGUGGGAAUCUGUAAACACAUUAUUUGACAAUAGGAUUGCAAGUGUGCUGAUUAGUGCUUAUUGCAAGAAAGGUCUUUUGGAGAAAGCUUUUGUUAGUGUGGAACGGCUUUUUACAAGUAGUGGAAAGGAGCCUGAUGCCGGCUUAUGGCAGUGCCUUUCAACUCAAUGCUGUAUAGAUGGUGAGAUGGCAAAGGCAGUGGAAAGCAUGAGGAAAGCCAUUUUGACCGGUGGGCCAAGAUGGAAGGUAAACCGUACCACCUUUAGUGCAUGUCUUGAAUACUUGAAAAAUGAGGGGAACCUGAAAGGUGCACAUGAGAUUUUGGGGUUACUACACCAACGUGGUUUUUGCCCAGAUGAUAUCCGUAGUAGAUUAGAAGAAUACUUAAAUAGUGAUAUAAAUUCAGGGGCCCUUAAUGCAAUGCUAGGAGAUGAUAAGAAGGAAGAGAAUGAUGAUGCUAUAGAUCGAUAAAUGAAUAAGCGAAUUAAUGAGAAGAUGCUGUUAUAGUGAAUAACUAACAAGCACUGUAAUUAUAGUCAAUAUGAACACCAUAUGAUUGGUGUAAUCAGCUGUCACCACGGCAGUUGUUUUACUUAUUUCACUGUGGCUCUUUGUUACUUUGUUUUUCUUAAAACACUAGAAUGGGAGAUUGGAACUUGUAAUCGCAAGGACGGUUCUAGGCUAUGCUUAUGAUAUGACUACUACUACUACUACUGAUAAAUAGUAUGAUUUUACAUUCACAGCAAUUAAUUUAAAAGGCAGAUUUGUACCA